AUGGCAGCCCUCUCUCACCGCAGUAGCCUUGGCAGCCUUAGCAGCAGCAACACCAGGAGAUCCUCUUCAGGGAUCCGAAUUCCCGCCUGGGCGUUGACUCGUCGUUUUCAAGCGGGAAGUCCCGAUAGUGCGGCGAAACGUACCGUGCAAACUUUGCCCAGUGUGGAAGAUGACAAUGAUUCCUUGGCGUUGCCUAAAAUGGAAGCCAAUACAAAUGCUGGCAAUGCUAGCAAUAGCCAUAGCAAUAGUAGUAACUUGGUGACUUUGCUGCAGAUGGAUGUGACUGGCUUCUGCUUGGAAGAUCUUCACUUGGACCUGGACUUGCAGACCCAGCGCAUUUGCUUGGCAGGAAAAGGGCCUCAGAUGCAACUAUUCAAGAGAGCGUUCCCCAUUGCAAAUGCUAAUUCACUAGUCCUGCAAGACACUCAAGCUAACAUUGUUCUGGGGGUCAACCAGAGAAAGUUCCUCAGGCUACAAGCCCCUACAAGAACCACUACCACACCUCCUAACCAAGACUACCACCAAACAACCAGGAAAAUCAACAUCCCCAUUCAAGAUCAGAACAGGCCUCCCACUGUCAUUCAGAUCCCCAAUUAG